UUUCAGGCCGUCCAGGGACAGUCUUCCACUGACCAAAACAACGAUUGGUUUUCCCAUCUUCCGUCAUCUUCAUUUCCAGUUAUAUAUAGUAGUAGACAUGUCCUAGGUAUUCCUUACAACAAUUCAUAUCAAUCGUAUCCCUCAUCUUCAAAUGAAAGUAACAAUGAUGUUGUGGCUUUAGUCCUUUACACUGUUCUUUCAGUACUCGGCACUACAGUAAACAUUUUUCAAAUAAGUUCUUUAAUUAUACAAGAUACGUUACGGCACCAUGGAAACGUUUUCCUAGCAAAUCAAGCCCUAGCGAAUCUUUUAAUAACAACUUUGGGUUUCCCCGCUUCUUGCAUUGCCAUCUUAUCAAACACACAUCACUACCCGUUUGUCUGUUAUUGGCAAUGGUACAGUGCUCUUUUAUCAUUUUUUACAUCAACUAUCAAUUACUUUUUUAUGGCGUUAGAAAAUUUACUACGUGCUUACCGUAAACGUAACCGUAGUUCGAACAACGACACAUACUCGUGCUGUUGCAGAGUGACAUUUGUUGUUUCCGCAGUAUUUUUCUCAUGGAUUGCUUCUGCCAUGUGGAUUUUGGUCAUUGUAUUUUACGACAAUAAUUACGAUAUUUGUAAUCGUCAAUAUGGAUAUAACCUAACAUUUUUAAUUUUUCUGGCACCAAUUUCUUUGACUAUCAUUACUUUUGCUUUGACAGUUCAUCGCUACAAGAGGCAAUUGAAAGAAUUGGAGUCUCGCCAAUGUCUUGAAAGUCGAGAAGAAAAUUUGCAUAGACAACUGUUUAAAAGCAAUGCCUUAGCUUAUUUAUUAUUCCUGUGUUUUUGGAUGCCAUUUACUAUAUCCGUUUCAACAUCAGUUUCAGAAACCUCGCGCUAUGCUACAUUGUCCACUUUAAGCCCAUCAACUGUUUCGCAUGCUAAAUACUAUUAUUUUUCAAAUCCAGCAAACACGGUAGAAACGUUACUUGGGAUAGCUCAAGCUUACAGCUGUUUUUGCGGGUUAGUGUAUGCAUUCACAAACAGCUCUUUUGGGCAAGCAUUUAUUUACUUGACAAGGUACUUCUGCUGUAAGUCUCAUCCAGAGUUCACCAAGAGUACCUUCCAAGAAAAGCCCAGAGGUACAGUCAGGGUCCAUAUAGGCAUGGAAACUCGGGUAGGUGAAAGAAGUGCUAGAGCAAAUAAGUUGAUGGCAGUGGUAAUGCAUGAUAGUCCUCGAAGUAUACACUAUCUCUAAAAGUACCCAUAAGUUUCUCUAAGUAUACAUUUAUUACUUCACAUACCACUAGCCAUGAAGACAGCUAUCUAUUACCUAUAUAUAUCCAUCAGCACUAUUCAUAUACAACAGCAUAAUUAGUGGUGAUAAAAAAAGAUAUAUUUUUGAAAAGUUAAAACUACUAUUACAAGAGCUCUUCGCACAAGGCAUUAUAAGAAUUUCAAAGGGUAUAGAGCUAGUUCAUUUCAUAGGUAUAGUGACGCUAGACAGGUUUGAGAGAAUAGUUAUUUCAGAUAGAGAUUUUAUACAACGAUUGGUAAGCUGAGGAGUUUUUAAAAACUACUUAAGUAUGCUCCUUCUUUUUUUGAAAAGUGCACUUAAGAAUUUUCAUCACCAGAAGCUGCCAGACUGUUAGGUGUGAGGGUGGAAGUUUAAAGAAAGUAUGUUCAUGCCCGAAUUAUUAUUCAAGUUAUCAUACUUACCAGAAACACUAAAGACUUUCUUACUGAUAUGUAUUGAGUGUGAAUGUGUGAUAAUUAUUUAUAGUAUGUUAUUAUAUUUACAUAUCAUGUUAAAAGAAAGAUUAUGUUCAAUCUUUCACGAACAACUGCUUAUCCUCUUCCUUUUUACGUGGUAGUAGUUAGUUAAAAUAGACUCUAUGUAAAUAGAAUCUGGUCAGUUAUACUUUACUGUUAUCAAGGAAUCAAGCGUGUAAUAUCAGAAGACGAGAUUCCCUACCUUAAUAGGUAGUUGGCCAUAUUCUACUUACACUAAAUCUUGUUAGAAACACCUGAGAAUUCUCUUAUUUCUAAAAAAAAUGUUUUCAGUUUCUCAAUGUAUAAAUAACAUACUAAUUAAUUGUAUGAGUGCUCAUAUAUAAAUGAAUAAUUUUAAAUAAAUGAAACUUGCUUAAAAUUUUUCAAAACAUUUAAAAUAAAAUUCUUUAAAAUUAAAAUUUUAAUUUUUUCAGUUGUUUAAAAUAAUCUUUAUUACUGAAACUUCGUUUAUAGCAUUUAAUGAUCAUAAUGAAUCGUGUGUAUUGUGCUCCAUUUCAACAAAAAAUACUCCUGUAUUUUGUGGUUGGUGUGUAGCUUUUUUUAAAACUUUAACAGUUCCCCACUAACAGAUAAUAUUUCAAUUCAAUGCAUUUAUUUAAUAGCUUUGCUAAAGUGCAUUUUAAAAAUACAAUAGUUUUUUUAUG